GCGAGGGUGCGGCCGCCUCUGACGCGGCCGCGGCAAGCGAUGGCGGCGGCGGGAGCGAGCCGCCGCCCCCUCCGGACGGGGGUGGGGAUGAGGACAUGGACUUGGAGGAAGGCGAGGAGGCGCCUGCAAAGCCCACUGAGGCCGCUGCCGCCCCCGCCCCUGCACCUGCCCCUACCCCUGCUGCCGCCCCUGCGCCGCGCUCCAAUGGGGCUGGGGCGGGGGCGGCCCCUGCCGCUGGCGACGCGGCGCGCGGCGGCAGGGACCGCGGCGGCGGCGGCGGCAGCGGCGGCGGCGGCGAGCGGGGACGGGAGGCGCGGCGCAGCAGGAGCCGCAGCAGAGAGAGGGGGCGUCGCGAGCGCAGCCGCAGCCGCAGCAGGAGCCGUAGCAGGAGCCGCAGCCCGUUGCGGCGCGAAGGGGGCCGGGACAAGGCACGGGACAGGGAACGAGAGUCGAAGCGCCCCCGCAAGCGCAGCCGCAGCCGCAGCAGGAGCCGCGACCGGCGGCGCCGGAGCCGCAGCCGCAGCGCCGAGCGCGGACGGAAGGGCGGGAGCGGCGGCGGGCGACGGAGCGGGCGGCGGUCGCGCAGCCGUUGA